AUGUUAAAAAUCAUCAGAACCCUUGUAAUAGGAUUUUUUCUACUGACUGGUGUUUUUUCCUCAAACACUACUGUAAUCGUCUCAACAGCUGACAUAUUUGAGCUAAUCCCUUAUGGAUGGACUAGCCAGCAACUAUGUUGGCUGUAUCUAAAGUCAGUACACACUCGCACCACAACGGAUAGAUCAGGGAGGAUAAUGACAUCUUCGUCAUUCGGGAACGAAGUUGUCUUGAUAUUCAAGGAGAGACUUGUGCCUGGACAAGGGGCUGAACCACACACGAUAGACUUGGACAUUAACACGUAUAGCGGCACUAAGAAGUAUUCUGAAUCGGAAGAUUAUUGCACGAUAUUCGUGCAACAGUUGGCAUCCGUCUUAUAUAUGCGAUCGGGUGAUUGGCGGCGGUCAGUCAGAGAUGUAACAUUCAAGAACACUAAAUGCGAGGCCCGGAAGCAGUGGUGCCCAGCGUAA